UGAAGCGACACAUGCAAAGAACUCCCAAAAUGACUCACAUGAUGGACAAACUCUUGAAAUCUCAGCUCGAGGGCUUCAUGGCGUUGGUCUUUCUUCUUCUAACACACUCUGGUGGAGGUCAGUCUCAGGUGACUGGAACGUCUCUGCCUAUAGUGGCAAUGAUUGGUGAUGACGCCGUUCUGCCAUGUCACCUGGAAACUGCUACGGAUGCCACACACCUGACCGCAGAGUGGACCAGAUCCGACCUGGACCCCAGAUUUGUUUAUUUUAGGCGAGACGGUGUUGAGUUUCAGCAGGAGCAAAAUCCUCUCUACACGGGGAGAACAUCGCUGUCCACCAACAAACUAAAGUUUGGAGACAUUUCACUAAAACUCUCCAAAGUAAGACUCUCUGACGCCGGGACCUACAGAUGCCUCGUUCCUAAAUCUGGUACAGAAUCUGCGAUCGUGCUUACUGUUG